AAAUAUGUCAUAUCCUCAAUUUCAUAACUCUCAUACACUUCCAAUAUUAUACACACCUUUCAAAUUUCUUGUUCAAUAUUUUCAUUACUAGUCAUGAAGAGAGAAAGAGAAAGUGAUCAUGAUAAUACUAAUACCAUAACCAUGGCUAAGUAUUUGAUGUAUCUUUCUGGUGGAGGCCAACAAUUUGAUCAAGUGAGUUACUCUUCGAAUUUCAACAACCGUGUGUUCGAGUGCAAGACAUGUAAUCGACAGUUUUCGUCGUUUCAAGCGUUGGGAGGACACCGUGCGAGUCACAAGAAAUCGAGGUUGAUGGAGAUGAACAGCGUCGGCGAUGGUGGAAUAUGUACAACAACAACAAAAGCUAAAACACAUGAAUGUUCAAUUUGUGGGUUGGAGUUUUCAAUAGGUCAAGCUUUGGGUGGUCACAUGAGAAGACACAGAAGAGUUUUGAAUAAUACAAAUGGAAAUAAGCAUACUUUUAUCAGUAAUACUGCAACCACUAGUAGUAAUAGUGGUUCCAGUACCGUUGAUAAUAGUACUAAUAUCAAUUUAGCGAAGUGGAACAAGGUGAACAUCAAAAGAUUUUUGUCUCUGGAUUUGAAUUUAACACCUUUAGAGAAUGAUUUGAAGAUUUUGAAGAUUGGACGAUCAACUCCUAAUUUAGUGGACUGUUUCAAUUUAGUGGACAAUCAACUCCUAAUUUAGGUGGAUGAUUACUUUUUGUUCCAUUUUGUAUUUUACUUUAAUGUAUGUAAGUAAAUUGUUAUGUUCUUAGGUUCAUGUAGUUAUACUUAAUUGGUAAAAAAAAAUAUGUAAAAUUUUCUGAGUAUUUCUAAAAAAAAUUCUUAGUUCAAGUAAAUGGAAAAUACACGUUUAUUCUUCA